AUGGUCGCUGCUGCUCCAAGCCAGUCAGCCGUGGGCCGGUAUAGAGCGGAGAAGCCGCAUGGAAUUGUGGGCAUGCUGCGGAAUCCGUACGUGUUCCUGACAUGCGCGUUUGCGGCGCUGGGCUGUCUGAUGUACGGCUACGACCAGGGGGUCAUGAGCUCGGUGCUGGUGAUGGAGACGUUUGAGUCCGAGUUCCCGCACCUGCAGGGAAGCACAAUCCAGGGCUGGCUGGUGUCGGCGCUGGAGCUGGGCGCCUGGGCUGGGGCACUGCUCAACGGCUGGCUGGCCGACCGGAUCUCACGCAAGUACAGCAUGCUGGUGGCCGUGCUGGUCUUCACGCUCGGCACCGGGCUGCAGUGUGGCGCCCACCGGAGCAGCGAGCUGUUUGCCGGUCGCGUCAUUGGCGGCAUUGGCAUCGGCAUGUUCUCCAUGGUCAUCCCGCUGUACCAGGCCGAGAUCGCACCGCCAGAGCUGCGCGGCUCUCUCGUGUCGCUGCAGCAGCUUUCCAUCACCAUCGGUACCACCAUCGCCUUCUGGCUCGACUACGGCAUGCACUUUGUCGGCGGCACCCAUUGCGAUCCCGCCGGCAUUCCGGCUGACCAGCAAUAUGACGACGGCGUGUUCAACUACACCCUUGCUGCCGGCCACCGCUGUCUCGGCCAGAAGGAUGUCGCCUGGCGUUUCCCUCUCGCCCUCCAGCUGCUGCCCGCCUGGAUCCUCUUCGUCGGCAUGUUCUUCCUGCCCUUCUCGCCGCGCUGGCUCAUGAUGAAGCACCGCGACGACGACUGCGUGACUGCGCUGUCCAAGCUGCGUCGUUUGCCUCCCAACGACCCCCUCGUCCAGGCUGAGUACCUCGAGAUCAAGGCGGCUGUGCUCUUCGAUGAGGAGGUCAAUGCCGAGCUCACCGCCAGGGACGGCUGGAUCGGCUCCUGGAAGAUGCUCUUCACGCCCAAUAUCCUGCGUCGGGUCUUGAUUGGAUGCAUAAUUAUGAUCUGCCAGCAGUUCACUGGCAUCAAUGCCGUCCUUUACUACGCCCCCCAGAUCUUCGAGACCUUUGGCUUCACCAACACCACCACCGACCUGCUCGCCACCGGCGUCACCGGCAUCUUCCAAAUCGUCUUCACCCUGCCCGCCGUCUUCUUCCUCGACCGCUUCGGCCGCAAGACUUUUCUCAUCGUCGGCGCCAUCGGCAUGAUGAUCUGCCACAAUGUCGUUGCCGCUGUCGACGGCUCCUUUGAGGACUCGUGGUCCACCCACCGGUCAGCCGGGUGGGCCUCUAUUGUCUUUAUCUGGCUCUUCGCUGUCAACUUCGCCUACUCCUGGGGCCCAGUCGCCUGGGUCCUGACCCAAGAGCUCUUCCCCACAAGCAUGCGCUCUCGUGGUGUCUCCAUCGUUGCAUCCACCAACUGGAUGUUCAACUUUGUCAUCGGCCUGACCACGAAGGACAUGCUCAAGUCCAUGCGCUAUGGCACAUACAUCUUCUUUGCCGCCUUCUGCGCCAUCGGCGCCGCCUUUGUCUGGCAGUUUGUGCCCGAGACCAAGGACAAGACGCUCGAAGAGCUCGAUGUCUACUUUGGCGGCGACGCUGGCGGCAUCGCCGUCAAGGACCAGGAGCGCAUGGCUCGCAUCAACGCCAGCCUUGGUCUUCAAGGUGUUGAGCGGCCCGAGGACCUGAAGACGGCCAUUCCAACUGGCGCCGAGCUGCACGAGUUUGCCCCCGGGCAGGGUGCCGAUGUCGAGAAGACUGCUUAA